AUGUCUGCUGCAGGACUGUCCGAUUCUGACUCAGGAGGACGCCCUGACAGCUGCCAAACGGUCCCCGCUUGCCCGCUACCUCCGUUUCGAAAACGCCCGGAAACUUCCCAAGGAGCCGCCGCCCCGAGCCCCCCACCUGAACCUCGCCCGAGCGGCUGGGUCCAAGGGACAGAGGCUGCCCGGAAGGGGUUAAAAAGUUUGCCCAACUUGGGCACUGGGCGAGGCGAGGGCGGGGCGCGUGCCCCGGAGGCAGGGGGAGGUCGAGGAUCCCUUGGUGCCCGGGCGGCGGGGUGCGCCGGCGGGAGGGCGGGUAGGGGGUACGGAGGGUUUCCGGGAAGCGCCCGUCCCCAUGCCUUCCUCGGCUCCCCGGUCUCGCUUCCGUCAGCGUCUUCACCGAGCAUCCGCGCGGGGGUCCCGGGGCCCCUCCAUGAAGGGUGCCCAGCCCGCUCUCCCCCGCCCACGCCUGGUCGCCGGCCGCGCGGAGGCCGAGAACUACUCAUCGGUCCUCUCGCCCAGACUCCGUGCGUCCGGUCCCCGCCACCCCCGCUCGCCCGCUCGGGGCGGGACCCGCCGGUGGGGCUCGCUCACCUGAACCUGGAUCUGCCCCGGGGAACAGGCGCUGCUUCUCCCGAGAGGGCUUCCUCGAGCGCUCGGGCGACGGCGGGGUGGGGCGAGCGCGCGAGGCGGGAGCUGCAGCAGGUCAGCCUCGAUCAGCCUUCAGUGCCCUGCCCAGGAACAGCUAGGAUCUGCGCGCCUCACCGCACCCUGCGCGGCUCCUCGCCGCCUUCCCGCCCCGCCCCUCUCAGAGCGCGCCCACUCCGAGCCCGGCGCCGGCUGCGGGGCGGAGCCUGA